CCGGCGACCCGGCGCGUGUCUGUGACGGCUCCAGGCUGGUGCUCCUCAGUGCCGGAUCUGCUCGGCUGUCGGCAGCCCGUACUGCUCUCCCGGCUCCUCUGCUGUCGCUGCUGCUGCCGGCGUCUCCUGCCAUCCCGCUCGCCCCGGGCGGGUCUGUUCUGAGCCUGUUGAGCGGCCAUUCUAUCACUCCUGGCUGCGAGUAAUCGUUCUCGAGCCUGAAUUUACAGCGCCUGGCACUUACUCCUCUUCUAAAUCUGAUCUCUCUAUCCCGAGUCCGGCCGCUGAGCAUCAGCCUCCCCCGUUGGCCCAUGCCGCUGCUCCUGACGCCGGCUGUCCUGAGGUCCGGCCCUGUUCCCUCCUGUGCGUGACCUCCUGUGACCGAGUGGCCGAGUGACCGGUGCUGACCGAGCUGCCUGUGACCUCGCGGGACGUCCAUCUCCGGCCCGAGAGCGGCCUCGCACGCGACAAUGGCACGCCCCCGAGUCAAGUCGCUGGACGACCUCAUCGUCAACGUGGCCACCAUCAAUAUCGGCGACGAGGCGGCCGACGAGGACCUCUUCACGGACGAGGAGGAGGCGCAGCACGAGGGCGUGAUCGUGAUCGUCGACCAGCUGGAGGGGGGCGCGGGGGCUAUGGAGGCGGCCGCCAGCCCGCCGGCAGACGCCGAUCAGGGUGCUGACAAGGGCGCCAGGGCCAAGCCGCCGCUGGUACGCAAGAGCUCCAGCCAGAGGCGUAUCCAGCAGAUCCGUAUCCGCGGCAAGACGGUGUGGGAAGCGCGGCUGACGGACCCGGCGCGCGCCGGCGAGCCGGACCAGGCGCUCGGACUCGGCGUCUUCAUCGCCUCCGACGCCGCCCGACAGCACCUGGUCUACAAGGUCGACUCGCUGGUCAGCUCGGUCCAGCUGCAGCUCAGGGCUCGUGACCGACUGCUGGAGGUGAACGGCACGCCGGUGGUGGGCUGGACCCAGCCGGCGCUCGCCUCGUUCUUCCUCUCCAUCCCGCUGGCGCCCACGCGCACGCCGCACGACCGCAGCGCCCCUCGCGGCAGCUUCUGGCAGCCGUUCUCAAUGCUGGUGGAGCGGACUCCACGGCCGGCCAGCAAGGCGGACCCGAGAGUUCCGUUUAGUCGCCUGCUUCGUGCGCACCUGUCGUACCAGGCCAGCAGAAAACAGGUGGUCUUCUCUGAUGUAACAGCAAGAGUUGCCACGGACAUACAGCUCACCUUCAAGAGCCAGCGGAUGAUGCGGAUUCGCCACGUGGCCUCCGCCAGCUGGCUGGCUGUGACGUCACUGCUGGCUGGCCGAAGCCGGCUAUGCACGCGAGAGAACGAGGGGGACGCCACGGUGUUCCGCGUGCACGAGUACCGCACGGCCGACCCGUACGCGGUGCCGGUCUGCAUGCUGCAGACGCCUGGCGGCGAGUUCGUCAGCUGCUGCGGUAACCCGGCACCAGCAGUCUCCAAAGGCGCCUGGCCAGGCGUAGGUGACGAGGUUACCGUAUGCGACGCCAGAUGUCUCCUAAGUCGAUCGGCCGGACCAGAUGGCGCUGUCACACUGGAAACCAUCAAAGCGGGCCACCAGGCCGAGUACCUGUGCCUGGAGGGUCGAACUCUGCUCUUCCGGCCUGAGGCUCCCGGCCUGGAGCCUGUGUUCUGCUGGAGGGAGGUACCCGGCGCCAAGGAAUGAGCGCACAUUUUCAGCGGGCAGACAGACAAACUGCCGACAAAUCUGACGGCUAUCCGAUCCUGUCACGCCGAUGCUCGGGACGCCUGAAUGCCCCGAGAGUGACCACAUGAGGUCAGGGUUAGUUCCUUGCCUCGCGAGCCCCUGAUGUGGAGGCCAUCUUUUCCGCAGCCCGUAUGCCACGGACGGGCCAGCUAACGGCCUGCCGCCCCCGCCGCGGGACCGUCCACUCCUGGAUGUCAGACGGGCGCAGCCGAGUGCUCUCACCGUCUCCGUUGCAAUGUAAUGCUGCAGUGAGGCCGAGGCAAGCAGGAGAUUGUUCGUAGAUGUCUGAUCGCCUGAUCGCUUGUGCGGAAAGGGGAUUGCCAUAUGUCCACCGUUGCAUGGAUCAGGCCGCUUGCGACGGGAACGACGUACCAAAGCCCGGCUGAACUUGACAUAAGCGAUCGCGCGGGACUGACCGGCCCCGGACAAUGCAAUACACUUAAGACACCGG